AUGCCUGAUCAUACGACGAAAGACCGUGACGCCACUGAUGGAAAUCUGCUGGUGUUUGAGGCACCCGGUUUCUUCAAGCCCAACAGCAAAGUACCCCAGUGGAUGCAGAACCUUUCCACCGAUGCAUUCAGCUUUGCCGUUAUGCAUUAUUUUGCGUGGAAUAAAGGAUACAACUACGUGAGCUUCGCGAUCGUGGCCAUGUAUCUGCCCUCGUUCUUCAACGGUGCUCAGAAGACUGGAAAUGGGAACGUGUGGGAAGCUCUUCGUACAUCCAGUCUGUGGCACCUCACCAAUAAAUUUCUUCGCAUCAAAAUCCUCCGUGAGCAAGAGCUGGAUUCCAAGAAGAAGUACAUCUUCGGAUUCCACCCUCAUGGGAUAUUCGUGCUUUCACGUCUUGCUAUCGCCGGCAGAAACUUUGAGCGUGUCUUCCCAGGCAUCACCCACAGAGUGCUGGGUGCGUCGGCAAUGUACUACGUUCCACUGGGUCGAGAAAUGUGCUUGUGGAUGGGUGGAGUCGAUGCAUCACGUUCCACUGGUGAAAAGGUGCUCAAUGAAAAACACAGCAUUAUCGUCUACCCUGGUGGAGUACCUGAAAUAUUCCUCACAGACCCGAACUCGAAGGAGGUAUUCUGCCUUAUUCGUUCUUCUGCGCUGCCUAGUUCAUGA